UAGCAGCUCCGCAGUUUGGUUGUUCCCUCGUUUUGUGGCUGUAACGUCCUUCUGUGUGUGUCUGUGAAAGCCUUCCUCUACAGAGAGCUCAGCUGGAGACGCUCCUCGCCGUGUUUACUCUGCUCUCAUCACGUAGCGGAUUCAGAAAACGGCUGAAAGAGAAAAUCCUCGAGGCUCCGUCAGACACUGGAGCAGAGAGCAGCAUCUCCAGUGUCCAGCUGUGUGUGGAGAGUAAAACCUCAGUGAUGGAGCUUCAUCACUCCAGCAGUGGAGGAAGAACCUCUGAUUUAAAAGUGAAGCGUGCAGCAUCUCCAGGACCCAGCUGUGUGUCUAUGAAGAGUGACACGUCCAUGAAGAACCGUCCUGUAUUCAGCAGAGGAGAAGGAGAACCCAGCUGUGUGUCUAUGAAGAGUGACCAGUCCAUGAAGAACCGUCCUGUAUUCAGCAGAGGAGGAGAAGAACCUAGCUGUGUGUCUAUGAAGAGUGACCAGUCCAUGAAGAACCGUCCUGUAUUCAGCAGAGGGGGAGAAGAACCCAGCUGUGUGUCUAUGAAGAGUGACCAGUCCAUGAAGAACCGUCCUGUAUUCAGCAGAGGAGGAGGAGAACCCAGCUGUGUGUCUAUGAAGAGUGACCAGUCCAUGAAGAACCGUCCUGUAUUCAGCAGAGGGGGAGAAGAACCCAGCUGUGUGUCUAUGAAGAGUGACCAGUCCAUGAAGAACCGUCCUGUAUUCAGCAGAGGGGGAGAAGAACCCAGCUGUGUGUCUAUGAAGAGUGACCAGUCCAUGAAGAACCGUCCUGUAUUCAGCAGAGGGGGAGAAGAACCUAGCUGUGUGUCUAUGAAGAGUGACCAGUCCAUGAAGAACCGUCCUGUAUUCAGCAGAGGGGGAGAAGAACCCAGCUGUGUGUCUAUGUUACCAGCACAGUCCAGUAGAGAGAGAGGAUCCUCUGACUCAGGGCAGCACUCCACACAAACAGCAUUACAGGCAAACACUCUGAAAGAUAUUUACCAACCAGUGGAUGACGUCCUUCACAGAGUCUUAGAGAGACACAAAACCAGCAUGAAGAACAAGUACGAGAGCUUAAUUGAGGGAAACAGAACACAAGAGAAUAAAACCCUCCUGAACAGGAUUUACACACAGCUCUACAUCAUAGAGGGAGCGAGUGAAGGAGUGAAUGAAGAACAUGAGGUUCUACAGACGGGGAAAACAUCCAGGAGACGCUUACAAGACUCUCCAAUCAACUGCUUAGACAUCUUUAAAUCUCUACAAGGUCCUGGAAGAGAAACACAAGAAGGGAACAUUAGAGCUGUGAAGGCUGACAGUCUCAGACACAAAGAAAGAGAAGAAGAUAACAGACCAAAAGAGCCAGAGCUCAGAAGUGUUAUGACUAAAGGCAUCGCUGGAAUUGGAAAAACUGUCUCUGUACAGAAGUUCAUUCUGGACUGGGCUGAAGGAAAAGCCAAUCAGGAUGUGGAGCUCAUGUUUGUGCUUCCGUUCCGGGAGCUGAACCUGAUUAAAGAUGGUCAAUACAGUCUUCAUGGACUUCUGUGUGACUUCCAUCCUGAGCUCAAACAUCUGGACCCAGAGAUUUAUGAUCAGCUCAAAGCUGUGUUUAUAUUUGAUGGUCUGGAUGAAAGUAGAAUUCCACUGAACUUUGAUGAGUGUGAGAAAGUAUCUGACAUCACCAUGACGUCAUCAGUGGGGGUGUUGAUGACAAACCUCAUCAAAGGAGAGCUGCUUCCCUCUGCUCUGAUCUGGAUAACCUCCCGACCAGCAGCAGCCAAUCAGAUCCCUCCUAAAUACAUCAAGCGUGUGACAGAAAUUCAGGGAUUCCGUGACCCACAGAAGGAGGAGUACUUCAGGAAGAAGAUCAGUGAUGAAGACCAAGCCAAGAGAAUCAUCUCCCACAUUAAGACAGUGAGGAGCCUCCACAUCAUGUGCCACAUUCCAGUCUUCUGCUGGAUCUCAGCCACUGUUCUUGAGCAAAUCAUCAAACAGCGUCAUACAGAAAUCCCUAAAACUCUGACUGAAAUGUACUCACACUUCCUGCUCACUCAGACAAACAUGAAGAAUGAGAAGUAUGACGAGAAAGACGAGAGAAACCCAAAGAACCUGCUGGAGUCCAACAGAACCAUUCUUCUGAAACUGGCUGAACUGGCUUUCAAACAGCUGAUGAAGGGCAAUGUGAUGUUCUAUGAAGAGGACCUGAGAGAGAGCAGCACUGAUGUCACUGAGGCCUCAGUGUAUUCUGGGAUUUUCACUGAGAUCUUUAGGGAGGAAUGUGUGCUUUACCAGAGGAAGGUCUACUGCUUUGUUCAUCUGAGCUUUCAGGAGUUCCUGGCUGCUGUUUAUGUGUUUCACUGCUAUGAGAGCAAAAACAUGAAGGAACUGCAGAUAUUUAACCCACAGUACAGUGAGUGGUCUAAGAAAGAUCUACUGGAUGAGGUUCUGAAGGGAGCAGUGAAUAAAGCUGUGGAGAGUCAGAAUGGACACCUGGAUCUUUUCCUCCGUUUCCUGCUGGGCAUCUCACUGGAGUCCAAUCAGAGACGUCUACAGGGUCUACUGACCCCAACACAGAGCAGCUCAGAGAGAACCAGACAGCACAUAAAGAGAUUAAUCAAAGGAGAUUAUGAUCACAUCUCCACUGAGAGAUCCAUCAAUCUGUUCCUCUGUCUGUCUGAAAUGAAUGACGAGUCUCUCUCCAGAGAGAUUCAGAAGUAUCUAAACUCAGAGAGACACUCAGAGGUGAAACUCUCUCCUGGACAGUGUUCAGCACUAGCCUGCACGCUUCUGACCUCAGAGGAGGUUCUGGAUGAGCUGGACCUGAAGAAAUACAACACAUCAGUGGAGGGUUAUAGGAGACUGAUCCCAGCUCUGACUGUCUGCAGAAAAGCUCGACUAGCUGGGUGUGGUCUCACCACAAGUUCUUGUGAGAGUCUUUCAUCAGCUGUACACUCAUCUCUGAAACAGCUAGACCUGAGUAACAAUGACCUUCAGGAUUCAGGAGUGAAGCUGCUCUCUGCUGGACUGAAGAACUCGCACUGUAAACUGGAGACACUCAGACUAGCUGGGUGUGGUCUCACCACAAGUUCUUGUGAGAAUCUUUCAUCAGCUCUACAAUCUGUAAACUCAUCUCUGAAAGAGCUAGACCUGAGUAACAAUGACCUUCAGGAUUCAGGUGUGGAGCUGCUCUCUGCUGGACUGAAGAAUUCACACUGUAAACUGGAGAUACUCAGACUAGCUGGGUGUGGUCUCACCACAAGUUCUUGUGAGAAUCUUUCAUUAGCCCUACAAUCUGUAAACUCAUCUCUGAAAGAGCUAGACCUGAGUAACAAUGACCUUCAGGAUUCAGGCGUGGAGCUGCUCUCUGCUGGACUGAAGAACUCACACUGUAAACUGGAGACACUCAGAUUGUCUUGCUGUAUGGUUACAGAUGAAGGCUGUUCUUCUCUGGCUUCAGCUCUGAAAUCAAACCCCUCCCACCUGAGAGAACUGGAUCUGACUUAUAAUCACCCAGGAAAGUCUGGAUUGAAGCUGCUGUCUGAUCUACUGGAGGAUCCACACUGUAAACUGGAGAAAACUACAGGUGGAUCAUGGAGGGAAGAUCAGGAUCAAACCAGGACCACAGAAAUAUGCUGUUGAUCUCACUCUGGAUCCAAACACAGUGAGCAGGCGUCUCUCUCUGUCUGAGAGGAACAGAAAGGUGAAGUGUGUGGGAGAAGAUCAGUCGUAUCCAGAUCAUCCAGACAGAUUUGAUGUCUGGUCUCAGGUUCUGAGUGUGGAGAGUCUGACUGGACGCUGUUACUGGGAGGUUCAGUGGAGCGGAGAGGCUGAAAUAUCAGUAUCAUACAGAGGAAUCAGGAG